AUGAAUCGAGUAUUUCAUCUGUAUGUUGAUUCUUUUGUUAUUGUCUUCAUCGAUGAUAUUUUGAUAUAUUCUCGGAGUGUGGAUGAACAUGAAAAGCAUUUAAGAAUUGUGUUACAGAUUUUACGGGAAAAACAACUCUUUGCUAAGUUCAGUAAAUGUGAGUUUUGGCUUGAUAAAGUUGUCUUUUUGGGGCAUGUAGUAUCUGGGGAUGGUAUUUAUGUUGAUCUAUCAAAAGUGGAAGCAGUGGUGAAAUGGGAAAGGCAUACCAAUGUGACAGAAGUCAGAAGUUUUCUGAGAUUAGCAGGUUAUUACCGGAGGUUCAUCCAAGGAUUUUCUAGUAUCGCAUUGCCAUUGACAAAGUUGACCCGGAAAGAAGUAAAGUUUGUGUGGGGUGAGGAAUGCCAAAGAAGUUUUGAAGAAUUGAAGAAAAAAUUAACGUCAGCCCCAGUGUUAACUAUUCCGUGUGGUGGUGAAGGUUUUGUGAUUUACACUGAUGCUUCACAUUAG